UUAUCUUUCCUCAUCAUAUAAUUAUGUUAGAAGUUGUUGUAAGUUUAAUUCUGUAGAUUUUUUUUUUUUUAAUUUGUCAUGGGGUCUAUUGGUAACCCAAGAACCUGGGUGCCAUACAUGAACACCAAAGACUGUUCACAAGGUUUUUGUAGCUGGUAUUGUCCCCAAUGGUGCUACAUCAUCUUCCCUCCUCCACCUCCCAUAGAAUUCCCUGAUGAUGAUUCAGGCCCAAAUUUCUCCCCUCUGGUGAUUGCAAUCUUGGGCAUUCUGGCCAGUGCUUUUCUUCUAGUAAGUUACUAUACAAUAAUAUCUAAAUAUUGUGGGAACCCGGACUCGACUAGGAGAAGAGAGAAUCCUGACACUAGUGAAGUUUUGGAAGACAAUCACAACCCAUCCACCCAUGAGCCAUGGCAGACUUCAACCACCGGUUUGGAUGAGGCUCUGAUCAAGUCCAUUACAGUUUGCAAAUACAAAAAGGGUGACUGCUUGAUUGAAGGAACAGAUUGCUCUGUUUGCCUCAGUGAGUUCCAAGAAGAUGACAGUUUAAGGCUCUUGCCUAAAUGUAGUCAUGCUUUCCAUGUACAUUGCAUUGAUACAUGGCUUAGGUCUCACUCAAACUGCCCUUUGUGUCGUGCUAAUAUAAUCUUUAUUAGUGUUUCACCACUUCCAUUGCCAACUCCAGUGACAGAAAGUCCUCCAGGCAAUGAAUCUUUGCAGGAUAGGCAACCUGUGACAAAUGAAAAUGUAGCCGCUGCACAAGAAACAGGAAGGAGGAGGACUGUGCAGGAGGUGAACAGAGUUCAGAGCGAUCUUGGCGACGUGCAAGGAAGAGAUACCGUAAUUGAGAUUGGAGAAGAAGGUUAUCAACAGAUGAGAAGAUCAGUUUCAAUGGAUCAUUUCUGUCAAACCCAACGAUCAGUUGCUGAUAUUUUGCCUAUGAAUCAAGAGGAAGACACUAAAGUUGAAGAGUUCCACUUAUCAUCAGGUAUUGCUGGAUCGUCAAAACAACCAGCUGAAGGCAGUAAGGUUAGCAACAAAUUAAGGGUCUUGCAGUACUGUGUAAUGAACCCUGCUGCAAUGAAGAGAUCCUUUUCGAGUGGUAGGUUUUUUCUUACCAGGCAAGGAAGAGUAAGAGAUCCAACUAUCUCUCUCUGAAUAUAUACUUUUGAUCAUAUUCAUAGCAGAUUUAUAUGUGUAAUUUGUAAUAGAUACCAAGAUAGCCUCAGUGUGAGAACUAUGAUCUACCUGUGAAAUCAAAAUUAGAUAUCUCAAUGUUUUUUUGAACUUUCGUCAUUUCUCUGGUUCGUUUAAUUAUUAGAUCGGAGAAAAACAUGUGUAAUUUGUUACUAAUUUUCUUUCUUCUCCCAAUUGCUUCUACUUCCUGAUAACAAUUUGUUUCCACAUUCUAUCUAUUAUCAUAUAUGUAUA